AUGCAAUUCCCCAACAACGUCCUGGCUUUCGGUAGCCUCUUUGUCGCCGCUGGCUAUGCUCAGGACACAGAUAUCUCCACCUCGGCGGUCGACACCACCCUCGUAACCUCCGUCAGCAUCGAGCUCUCCACCACAGGCACCACACUGUCCAGUGCCACGGAUAUCUACAGCGGCACUGUCACCGACGCCUUGGGUGAUUCCACCGGCCUCAUCAAACCUCGCCCCACCACCGAGGGCGGCGGUCCUCUCGACACAGUCUACGCCUGCGGAGACACUACCGUCAUUGACCAGUUCAGCUACGGCUCUCCCCUAGUGAAGGACUGCUGGGACGUCUACAACGGUCUGGACGGGAAAACCGACCCUUGGAUCCUGGAUCACAUGUGGGAGCAGCGUGCUUUUGCGUCGUCGGGUACCUGUGUCAUCGGCGCCCAGAUCGUUAGCCAGACCGACUAUCCUUCGUAUGUUGGCAGUGAGGACUUUCGCAUCGCUAUCAAGAAGUCGAUUGAGCAGUUUGCCAAGAAGGAUGACAAGAGCCAGGAGCUUGUCGGCACCAAGGGUUAUAUGCAAUGCGGCACGUUUUUUCUCUGCUAUUCCCUUGCCUGUCAGAGUAUGGUAUCUUGA